AUGGUCAUCAUCUACGACAUGCUUAAUGGCCAAAACAACAGUGGUUUUGGUUGGGACGAGCAUAGGCAGCUCGUUGUUGCUGAAGAUGCAGUUUGGGAAUCCUAUGUAAAGAGUCACAAAGAAGCCUCUCAGUUCAGACAUCGUUCUUUCCCUUACUACAACCAGCUUACUGCGAUAUACGCAAGAGAUCGGGCGACUGGGAAAGACGCUCAAACAGCUGCUGAUGUUCUUGAAGAAAUACAUGCUGAGGAUGAACGUACUACAGAUAUGAAUGAAGAGAGAAACACAUUCUAUGACUGCGAAACUGACGUCUCUUUAGACGACAUGGAUGUUUCCGGUACAGAUCCACGAGGAGAUAGAGACCAAGGGGGGUUUACACACAUUGUUUCUAUUCGUCACGAACAGUCACUCAAGCAUUUACCAACCUUCAAUCGAACCACGUUAUCACUUAAGGCAGAAGAAGAAGGAAAUAAUGAUUCGCUUAUAGAACUUACUGCAAGACAGCAAAAGAAUCGAAUAGUGGAAGGAUUCGACACUAGUACAGCCCCUCACCCUCGAUUUAAAGCUGUCAACAACAAUUAA